GGCGAUCCUAAAAACCCACGAAUUCAUAACAGAAACAAAAAAACAAAUCAUGUCAAUUUGGCCUUCCCUUUGAGAUCUCCAUUGUCUCGUACAAUCAGUCAUCAGGACCAAAAUUCAUUUCAAUCAUCUUUCACGUGUUGCAUUCGUGGCGGUCUGUUUAGACGUGAUGGGGAAAAUGCGGGAGCUCGAGAGGACGAGAAUGGCGUUCACCACAACCAUAUUGGCUAUCUUGCUGUCCACGACGAACACGGCGAAUGCAGCCGACGAAAGCAACCCUGUCUUCGAUCCGUGUUCCGACGCCACCGUGGCGAAGUCCGACGGCUUCUCCUUCGGCCUGGCGUUCGCCGCCAACGCUUCCUUCUUCGCGGGGGAGGUUCAGUUCUCCCCCUGCGACCGGCGACUCGCCUUGGCGUCCAAGCAUGCCCAGCUCGCCGUGUUUCGGCCGCAGGUCGACCAGCUCUCGCUGCUCACCAUCAACAGCACCACGUUCGAUCCGGCAAAGGCAGGUGGGUUCAUGGUAGCAUUUGCUGGGAGGAACUUUGCGGCGAGAUCAGUGCCAACUCUUGUGGCUGAUGGUACCAUGAGCAUAACCAGCUUCACUUUGGUUCUUGAGUUCCAGACGGGUACCCUUGUAAACUUGUACUGGAAGAAAUUCGGGUGUGGUUCGUGCUCUGGUGAGUUUCGCUGCCUUAAUGAACAGGACUGUGCAAUUCCAACCAAGAAGUGUAGAAGCCAUGGCGGAUCUGUUGAUUGCGAGGUCAACAUACAGUUGGCAUUCUCGGGUACUGAUAAGUACCUGGAAACGCUCAACUCCUGGUACGAGGUUUCCAGCCUCGGGCAGUAUUCUCUUUACGGGCUGUACUCCAAUGUGAAGGAGAAUCUGUUCAUGUAAAAAGGCUUUUACCUCACAAAUCAGCUAUGUAAUUUAGACACUGAAAUUUGAUUAUUCAUUGAUUACUUCCAAUUUUGUUUGAGGAAAUUUCAGCAUUUGUUUUGGCAGAAGUUGAAGGGAU